UGACUCUGUUGUAACAUGUCUGUGCGUAAAUUUCACAAUUCACAGAAAUAGGUUAUGUUUUGUGGAAAUUUCGAAAUCACAACUUCCGCUUGUGACCUAUAUAAGAGGGUAGCUGAUCCGUGUAAAAACAGAUCUCUUCUAGUUGCCAAAAAGAAGAGUUGUCAGAGAUCAGCGAAGCACCUGAUUCAUCCACUCGUCCCGUUAUACACCAAGCCGAGGGUAACACAGCACGAUGGACCAUAAACUACUUCUAGUUAUGGUUGCCAUGGUGGGAUUGCACCAAGCUUUGGCAGCCCGAAAGGUUGACGCAAAAGAACGAGCGUCUCACAGUAUCCGAAAGAGGUCCCUUCGGGAUGACAUGUACGAACGCUCGGAGGAACUGAAAGACUUCACGGUCGAUGAGCUACUAGGUCUCAGCGCAGGAGAGAGUAUGAGUUCAACACGUGAAGUUAAAUCUGCACAAGGAACUACAGUACGUAGACUUCAGGAAACAUACCUCGGGGUACCUAUUUACGACGCCGUUGUGUCAGUUGAGAUAGACGAGGAGGGCAAGUUGACAGGAGAAGCGUCCGGUAUUUUCGUCCAGGAUAUUGAAGACGACUUGGAUUCAGUCGAACCUCUCUUAUCCAGAGCUGCUGCUCUUGAUAUGCUGAUGGAAGAGGAAGGUGAUGAAAGCUACAGAAGAGACAUCACUCGCCAUUCAACCAACCACUAUGUUUACCUUGGAGAAGAUUCAGAUAGGGCUCGUUCUAUCUAUCUUGUAUCGUACGUCUUGGUAAGAAAAGAUAUUGCACCAAAACGUCCUGUUAUGAUUGUUGAUACCAGAUCCGGCGAAAUCUUGCGACGAUGGGACAAUCUGGAAACAUGGGAUUGUGGCGGUAGUAGGAGAAUAUACAAAGGUAUCGGAGGUAAUGCAAAAAUGGGCAAGAUCAUGUACGGAGAUUCUCCAUUCUGUCUAGCUCCCACUAUUGUUGGAGACGAUUGCGUUCUUGAGAACCAGUAUGUUCGUAUUAUUGACAUGCAACAAUCAACCGAUGACUCCAGAAACGACACAGCGAGGUUCAGAUGUAAGAAUGGAUACAACGAUGAGGUCAACGGUGCUUAUUCCCCUGCCUUAGACGCAUUUUUUGCAGGAACAGCCGUCGGUAUGAUGUUUGAGGAAUGGUUUCAUACAACACCGUUAAACUCCAAACCUGUUCUUCGCGUCCAUUACGGAAAUGGGAUGGACAAUGCAUUUUGGGAUGGUAAUUAUUGCAGUUUUGGAGACGGCUCUUCAACCUUCUAUCCUCUUACGAGUUUCGAUGUCGUUGGUCACGAGAUUGGACAUGGUGUCACCGAGCAAAGUUCUGGACUAGAAUAUCAUAACGAGAUGGGUGGACUCAACGAAGCUUUCUCGGACAUUUUAGGAGAGGCCACUGAGGAAUACAUCGACUCAAGAAGUGAUAUGUUCGUUGGUUUGGAUAUCAACAAAGGCGAAAUCAUGCGGCAUUUCAGAGAACCGGAACUUGACGGUAGCUCCCCAGGUAAUGUGGACGGAUACCAUUCAGGAAUGGAUCCUCAUUACUCAAGCGGGGUUUUCAGGAGGAUGUUUUACGUCAUCAUCAAACAGAAGGGAGGAGUGAUUCGACCAGUUAUGCAUACCUUGUUGCACGCUAACCGUAUGUAUUGGCGAAGCAUGACAGGAUUCCAGGAGGCAGGUUGUGGUGUACUAAAAUCUGCUUACGAUCUCGGACAAAACCCUACUCCAUACCUUCGGGCAUUGAAUGAUGUUGGAAUCAACCCGUGUGAUGUUUCCCUACAUAUCCGUCGUCUCCGGUCUAACAAUGAACUUUCUGGACUCACAAUUACUCCUGAAAUAAGCCCUCUGUUUGGUUACGAGGUGCCUAGCUCAACCUCAAGUGUGAACAUCGCAGCCGUGCAUUCAUAUGACGUUAAAAUCACUGUAAGAGUGGGAACGUGGGAGAACGACGAGCAAGCACGAAGUCGACUCGAGCUUUACGCGGACGGGUUCAACCGACUAAGAGUGGAUGGAGUAAACAGUGGCGAUGUCCUUUACAUCGAAUUGUCGACCCAAGGCGACAGUGAGCUUACUGGGGUAACUGUUUCCGCAUCGCCCGAGACCAACUCCAGGCGGGACUCUGAUAUGUCGACGGCGUAUUGGGCUAAGGUGUUCGCAAAGGCACGAUCUCUAUAGAAACAGUUUAAAAUUUAAAAUGACAUUUUUCUCCUUCCUGUUCAUAAUAUAAGAUAUUUUGUUGAAUUGUUAUAAACAUAUUUCAUAAGUAUACCACUUGUACACAUUCUACACGUACAUCAUUCCUCAUCAAGAAUAUUCUUUGAUUUUGUAUUACCUACGAAUCUCCAUUUUUAAAUAUAUUAUUUGUACUGCAAUGGGUACACAUCGUGAGUGCAACUAUUAAUGUGAAGCAUUUUACAACUUUUUUUAUUAAAACAAUUAAGAAAUCAA